UCUUCAAUUCACCACCUUCUCCAAUUCAGUGCCCUAAUUUCAUCCCAAUUUCGCCGCCGACUAAAAUGCCGACGCCUCCGCCUCCUCUCCUCCUCUCUCUCCUCCUCACGCUCCUAAUUUCAUCCGCCGCCGCCUCGCCGAAGCACGAUCUGGUGCGGCGCUCGUGCGUCCACGCCAGCUACCCGGACGUGUGCCUCCGCACGCUCUCGUCGUCGUCCUCCUCCGGCGCGGCCGCGACGCCGCGGGAUCUGGCGCAGGCGGCGGUGCGGGUGAGCCUGGCGCACGUGCGGAAGGCGGCGGAGUACCUGGCGGCGCUGAGGGGGAGCGUCGCGCGGCGGGAGCAGGGCGCGCUGGGCGACUGCGUGGAGCAGAUGGCGGACACGGUGGACGAGCUGCGGAAGACGAUGGCGGCUCUGCGGCAGCUCCGGCGCGGCGGCGGCGGCGCGGAGUUCCGCUGGCAGAUGAGCAACGCGGAGACGUGGGUGAGCGCGGCGCUGACGGACGAGGAGACGUGCCUGGACGGAUUCAAGGAGAUCGGCGGCGAGGUGAGGGCGGAUGUGAGGAAGAAGGUCACGAAUGUGGCGAGGGUUACCAGCAACGCGCUCUAUCUCAUCAACCUCCUCGACGAUUAAUCGAUUGAUUCGUCGAUUGAUUAGUCGAUUAGUCUUCUUCUCCUUCUCCCUCUCUGCAUACAUAAUCCAGAUCUAGUUUAAUCGUUGGUGUUUUCUGCGUUUUUGUGCAUAUUGCUGUUGCUCAUGAAUUUCUCGUGAAGCUGGUUAUGAAUAUAUAUAAAUAUUUAUGCUCUACA